UCCCGCGCCGGCGCCACUUCCUCGGACCGAGGAGAGCCGGGCGAAGCCGGAGGCGGCAGGGCCAUGCCUCGCCUGCGCCUCCGCCUGCUGCUGCUGCUGCUGCUUCUGCUGCUGCUGCUGCCGCCGCCGCGCCUGGGCGCGAGCCACGCCAGCCCGCCGGACGGGGCCCUGGAGCUCCUCCAGGGCCUGCGGGAGCGGCUGAGGGAGGUCACCGCCCUGUCUCGGCGCUACUGGGCUCACCUGCGCUGUCGCGUGUGGCCCGAGGACUGCGACGGCGACAAGGAGGCUCGCGCGAGUUCCCUGGGCUGGAGCCUUCCCCUGCUGGGCCAGCAGUACCUGGACAUCCUGACUUCGUGGUACUGCAGCUUCCAGGACUGCUGCGGCAGCGGCGACUGCAGGAUCUCCAACAACCUCACCGGCCUGGCAUCGGACCUGAGCAGACGACUGCACGGCCAGCAUCUGGCCCGGGAGCUGGUCCUGACCUCGGUGAGGGGCUACCUAGAGCUGCCGCGGCCACACAAGGCCCUGGCCCUGUCGUUCCACGGCUGGUCUGGCACAGGCAAGAACUUCGUGGCGCGGUUGCUGGCGGAGAACCUCUUCCGGGAUGGGCUGAGGAGCGACUGUGUCAAGGUGUUCAUCGCCACCUUCCACUUUCCUCACCUGAAGUAUGUGGACCUGUACCAGGGGCAGCUCACAGAUCAGGUCAGGAAGACACAGGAGCGCUGCCCCCAGACCCUGUUCAUUUUCGACGAGGCCGAGAAGCUGCACCCAGGACUGCUGGAGGCCCUCCGGCCACACCUGGAAGGCCAGGACCCCGAGAACCCCAGGGUCCAGUCCCGGAGAACCAUCUUUCUCUUUCUCAGUAACCUCGGAGGCAGUGUCAUCAACGAGGCUGUCCUGAAUCUGCUGAAGGCUGGGUGGUCCCGGGAAGACAUUCAGCUGGAACACUUGGGGCCCCAGCUCCAGGCUGAGAUUGCCAAGUCCACAGACAGUGGCUUUGGUCACAGCCAUCUUGUCAGAGAAGAUCUGAUUGACUUCUUCGUCCCCUUCCUGCCGCUGGAGUUCCGCCACGUGAGGCUGUGCGCUCGAGACGCCUUCCUCAGCCAGGAGCUCGUGUACACGGAGGCGGCGCUGGACCAAGUUGCCAAGAUGAUGGCGUAUGUCCCCAAGGAGGAGCAACUCUUCUCUUCUCAGGGCUGCAAAUCUAUUUCCCAGAGAAUUAACUACUUCCUGCCUUGACAGCCACAGGAAGACUUCUGGAAGCUGCCUGCCCUCCACUAACAGGGCCCGUUGGGGCAGGCUGGCCUCCAGCAGUCACUCACCCACAUGAAGUAAAGAAGGAAGGCCUUAAAUCAGAAGCGAAGCCACUUCUUUCAGUCCCUUGGUGCCUUAAAAAGCCGCAUUCCAAAACAUGGGCCAGGUGGCCGGAGCAAGCCACGUGCAUUACGAUACAUGCCAAGCACGCGCACUAGCAUCUCGGCUUGGCCUGCAGACGCCUGUGGCUAUGGGAGUCAGGGUGACAGGGAAGAGAACAAUUAAGCCGCUCAGGUUUGUAGGAUGGGUGGCCUAGUUUUCAAGUUGUUCCCAGAGGGCAGCUUUGGUGAGCAGAUGAGCAAGGAGCCUCAGGCUGAAGGAAAGAGGAAGAAUUUUUUAUGUAUAUAAAUCAUGUCAGCAUAGGUUAUGAUUCUCUUGUAAAUCUAAAAGAAAUUUAAGUUAGGGGCUUUGAUAUGCCUGUGUCAUAUGUAAAAAUUAAAAUGCUGUAUUUUUCUAGAACCCUCA